AUGCCUUCCAGAAGAGCAUCAAGACCGUAUGAUGAAUCCCAGAACUACAGCCCAACCCAGAGGAGAAACGGGACAAUGCAUCAGAGUGGCUAUCCAGACCAGCCGCAGACCCAAGAUGAUUAUGAUACACCAGUAAACUCUCGAGGCCAACCUUCCCAAUCUAUGUCAUUUGCACACCGAGCCAAAGAGCGUGGGCAAGAUGAAUUACCGUACGAGUCAGUCUCGCCCAACGGAGCACAGAGCCCCCUUAUGAACACACCUAUGAGCCCUAUUAGCACAUACCAGAAAGCAAACUCGCAAUCACCGUCGAUACAACAAAAUCCGGCAUCACCAGAUAUAAACUCACCGCCACAUUCACAAGCCAGUGUCGAAGCCUCACCUGUGAUACGCCAAAACUCGCAGAUGGCCCCGAGACAGAAGAAGACAGCAAAGGAAUGGGCACCAGCACGCUCGCCGUUGAAAAAACUUGAGCUCACGCUAAAUGAUAUAAGCAAGGAAGAAAAGCGCGCAAGAGUCGAGGAGGCUGAGAUGCUACUGAGAGAAGCUCGGGCAGGUCUCCAAGGCAAGACCAUCAGCCGUGAUGCAGGCGGUAAACCCCAUCUUGCUCCAGAGAGUGCUAGGAAUAAGGAGAAUGCGUUCAAACCUUCAAAUAUUGAGGAAGCUGGCUUACUGAGGAGUCUAAGCACCAAGCAAAAGGACAAGAUCCGUGAAAGCGCCCAGAUGGAACUGAAAAAGCCAGACCCAGACCAGGUCUCCGAUGCUCAAGCGGGUGGAUUCGAGUAUGAGAGAACUCAUCCUCCGCCGGGUUAUGAUUCACCCACUUCUUUGAAUCAGCCCGCAAAAAUCCCGGAUAAUCAUCAUGGCCAGCUUCCAGGAGCUCCACUGCCGAAGGACAACCAAAUACAGCAAACACGAGAACUGUUUGAACCGCCCGCUGGAGAAACUUGCUCAGGAGCAAUCGAUUCAGAAGCUUCUCAGGCUGAAGAUACGAAGAAUGGCCCGAGCAAGCAGAAGCACGCUUCUGUUUCCUUUGCGGUUCCUCCGCCGACACCCCCGCCAGUAUCUGAAUGGAUGCAUGCAGUAGUUGGACGGUUAUGUUUGACCGAUUUUGACCUCCGGGUACCGGAUAUGGACAGGGAUUGGAGAGGACGGGGGACCAGGGGAACUAGAAAUGCCCACAGAGGAGUCGAGAGCGGUUUACCUAGAGUCACACUCAAGAGCACAACCAAGGAAUUAGUAGAUCUGCCAAAUGGCCCCUGUGAGCGAGAGAUUUGGCGAGGAUCUAUCAUGAUCGUUACCCAGGACUCUGCAUCAUUCUAUGACACCCCGCCGACAUUGAGGAUAUUCUCUCAACCGAAGGAGCUGAUACCACCACCCCCGUCCAGUGAUCCAAGCGACCACGAUUCACCUCUAGCACCAGAAUAUGUUGACCCCAUAGCCGGCCUAGGAAAAAUAGGUAGAAACGGUAACUUGCUUUAUGUCAAGCCUGUGGAUCAUAUAGAAGAAGGCCUGGAUCUUUGCUAUGACGAAACCGAGGAAGGCCUAUUUGAACGGUCUCCUAGCCAAAUUGACUAUGCCGCUAGUCGUCGUGUAUCAAUCCCACCUGAUACCAGGAUCCAAGGGAUUGACGGAGAAAUGGUUGGGAAAUACAAGGUGGUCAAGGCUAGCCGGGUAUACAUAGACCCUGGUAGGGAUACCACGUUCUGGCGAUUCAACCUAGAAAUCGAACUUGGAGACAAGGAGGAACAUGUUGCAUACCGUAUCAAUAAUGGCUCCGUGGUAGGUUUCUGGGUGCCUGCCAGAGGCCAGGCAAUGAACAUUUUAUACCACACCGGAAAUGGAUUUGGUAUGUCCGUUGAUACCGACAAGUACAGUGGCCCCGACCCUAUGUGGCGGGAUGCUCUGAACGCACACCAGUCGCGUCCAUUCCACGUCAUGAUUGGCGGAGGAUCACAAAUCAACAAUAACGCCAUUACUGUGGAAGCUGACCAUUUCCGAAAAUGGAUCGAAAUAAAAGGGAAGAACGAAAAGCAUGAAUAUCCCCUGAACCUGGACAUUAAGGGAGAACUGGAAGAAUUCUACCUUGAGAAUUAUGCAGCUUGGUUUUCGCAGGGCCUGUUUGGCAUGGCAUGCUCUCAAAUUCCAAUGGUUAAUAUGUGGGAUGAUAACGACAUUAUUAGCGGCUACGGCUCGUUUACGGAUGAAUUGAUGAAAUCCCCUGUUUUCUCGGGGCUAGGAAAUGUUGCAUUCAAGUAUUACUUGCUCUUCCAGCAUCAGACUGCAAUUGAGGAGACGGAGGAGCACGAACCAAGCUGGCUUCUUGGAUCGGCCGAAGGACCAUAUAUCCGGCAAAAGAGCAGAAAUCUGCUCAUGAACUUGGGUGAAAGAAUAGGUCUUUUGGCAAUUGAUUGCCGCACUGAACGAUCGAAAAUGGAUAUUAUGAUUGAUGAGAGUUAUGACCUUAUCUGGGAUCGAUGUCACCAACAGAUUGUGAAGGGAGAAAUGAAACAUUUACUGGUACUGGUUGGAGUUCCGGUUGCUUUCCCGAGACUUUCGUUGAUUGAGGGAGUUCUCAAAGGCCCUGCAAAGGCUCUUGGGAGGAACGGUGUCUUCCGCAACGCAAGCACUAAGAUUGAAAACACUUCAGAGAAGAUGGACGAUCAGUGGACUUCAAAACAACACAAACUUGAACGGAAAUGGUUGAUAGAAGAUUUGCAAGAACUUGCGGCUGAGAAAUCGAUGAGAGUGAUAAUAUUAGGGGGCGGAGCCAACCUUGCGGCUGUUGGACAGUUCUACUCAGACCCCAGCCUACAGAUACCCAAGGACAAGGACUACAGAUACAUGCCAAAUGUAAUAUCUUCCCCAAUAGUGGACGCUCCCCUCUCAGAAAUCAUGACCGAUACCCUCAACAAGCGCAACAAGGUACAUACCUUGGACCUCAAAACAGUUGAGGAUAUGCGAGCAAUGUUUUGGCAUGAUGUUGAAGGACGGCCGCGAAAUAACAAACGACUGCUACCCCGAAGAAACUGGUGCUCUAUCAGAGAAUACACUCCAGGGAGAACACUUUCUAUGUCUCGCGGUGACAGACCUGCUAAUGGCCUUAUGCGGCGGCUGUCCCUUAAAGCUCAGCGUCCGCAGAUAAGUCAUCCCAUCCCGAAGGAUCAGUUUACCCAGCGUAUGAGCUAUGAUGAGCCACGAUUGCGAAGGGACAGUGUAAACCAGUUACCAGAGCAGACAUACAGUGACGCCCAGUUACCACAAAACCCGAGCUACGCCGACGCAGACGGCGACAGUUCUUCAUUACCAAACAAAUUUGUGCGACGCCGCACUGAUCUCAGUAUUCGAGAGAUCAAACAGGCAGCCAAGGGCGGUCCAGACCAGCACCACUUUAUUAAUAUUGAAGGCGGGUUACAUAUCACGUUCAACUGCGAGGUCAAGCCCCAAGAUCCGGCCGGGAUUACAACGCCUUACCAUGUUCUUAUCCCGGCGUUAUCGUUUGAUGGGGAGUUUGAACCCAGCGUUGAAGUUGAGAAAAAGCAAUGGUGGAAACUGGGGCACCGCAAAAAUAACAGCAGUGUUGCACAAAUCGACGGUGCUGAGCCAGUAGCAGGAGCAGCAAAGGCGGCGAAUGACGAGCAGCAGCAGCAGCAGCAGCAGCAACAGCCUCAGCACCUGCAGCAGGUCGAGAACGAUGCAUACCACAACUACGGCCGUCCCAUUACUCGGGAAUCUAGGCAAGGAUACUAUGAGGACGAAUAUGAUGACGAUAUCAAUGUCCGGGGCUCUCCACGCCACGCGCAAUAUGCGGUCCAAGGUCGGCCGGGCGAGCUAUCGUCCCCCAGAAUGCUUCCCCAGCCGCCGCCACAGCAGACUCAGGGCAAACAACAUCAUUAUUUCAAUGCUGCUGCCAUGAACCCGGCUAAUGGCGGUGAGCAUGGAUACGAGGGGAUAGAAGCAUACCGUCCAAGGAAGAAAAAAUGGCUGGGUAUUCUUUGA